GCGGCGGCGGCUUCGUGGCUGGGGAGCCGUGAGGGGAGCGGCGCGGGGGCGCCGGGGCAGCCGCUCGGGUGUGGGUGUGGGAGUGGGGUCUGUCAGGCCGCGGGACGCCGGCGUGUCCUGUUGGGAGGCCCUUUUGUGAGGGGGAGGCCCUCUGCCUGCCCCAGGUUGAGAAGCCGGGCUUGUGGGGGUCUGAGGUCACUUGUUUUUGUAGGGAGAAUGCCGCUGUAGCUCCUUCGGGUGGGCACUGAGCUUGAAUCUGUCUCAGUUCUUCAGCUGGCAGCUUCUGGGUGGCUUCCAGUGUGUGAUCCCAAAGACUGAAACAAUUUGGCUUUUUUCUUAGGUAAAAUGGUAGAAACUGUUGCUGGUGUUCAAUUAUAUGCCUUUAGUCUCAUUGAAAUCCACAGGGCUCUUAGUGAAGUUGUCUUUGAAAGCUUGGGUUCUGUGUUGGCAUUUAAAGUAUAAAAACUCAUUUCUCUUUGAAUUUACAGGCUGUGUGCAGCAGGAGAGAAUUGCUAGAAAACACAAGCACUUUGGACCGUUAUCUGGAGGAGCUGAAUAUGAUUAAGGAAUGUGAGACUAUAUGCAGGGAAUCUCAGCAGGACAGUCUGAAGAUCAAACAAGCAAUAGUUACUGCUCCUAGAAGCAUGAGCAUUUAGCUCUUAUUGGAAGAUUUAACACAUUAGGUCAAUCGCGUUGUUUAAGAACAUUAUCCUCUUCAGAGGUCAAAGAGUCCACAUAAGCCUGUCAUGCAUAUAAAUAAAAAUAUUACUAAUUAAUUCAUAGGGUGUUCUGAAGUUCACAGGAAGUAAGGAUAUCUUUUGAAGUAAGAGAAAUGAAAAAACAAACUCCUCAUCUCAGGGUAAUGACUCACAGAAAUAUAUCUGUGGAAGAAGGCAGGGAUGACAUAAAUCCAAGUUCCUCUGAAAGAGUUAGCAGAGAAAAUGCCACAUGUAGUCAUGAAAGUCGUGUUGUAAAACUGCCUGUAAUAGCAUCAUUUGCAGGUACCACUAAAAAAAUUGUCAUGGUUAAGCACCCAGCACCACUUCAGAAGCUAAGUUACUGCAGGUCUAAUUUUCACACCAGUAAUUCCCCUGUGUCAUUGGGAAAGACAAAAGCUGUUAGUAAAGUAAAGGAUAGAGUGCAUAUACUAAAGACGAAUACCCAAAAUUUAGAAAGGGAUAGAACUGAAGAAAUAGGCACUGUGUUUAAGGAUAGUGGUGACUUUAGCUCUACAGAUUUGGAUACAAAUAAAAACAUUUCCAGGAAGGAAAAAACAACCAGGGAAAGCUGUAAGAAGGGGAGCAAAGCGAUUUCAAAAGCAAAGCAGCAAGAUUUAAAUGUUGAAUCAGGAAGAGUGCUGAGAAAAGGAAGCAAGCAGCCAAGUGUGAGGUCUGCUCAAGAACAGUUGGAAGAGGCACGAGAUGUGACUAGACCAGACACUUCAAAAAUAUACGAGAACUUCCAGCAGAGCAAACCUGAAGAGCCUACUUCCACACCAGCAUUGCCUGUGAAAGUGGUUGCAAAGUCUGUUGAUGAAAUAACUGCUUCCCUGCAGUCUACUUCUCCAUCUCCCUCAGACCAGACGAUCAAAGAACUCCUGGAGAGUGUUCUUGGCCAGAAAUACAACAUAAAAAUGGAACAGGUACUGGUCGAACAUAAGGAAAUAACAUCUGAAUCUCAAGAUAGCAAAGAAAUCCUGCCAAGUUUUCACCAAGCAAGCCUGACACCGGUUGUUCAAAAAGAACCUCAAGUAGCGGAAAAUGAGUCUCAGCCUACAGAAGAGAUAUUAACAUGUAAUAAUCAGGUGAAACAGGCUCCAUCUGCAGAUGUGCUACAAGUGGAAGGAAAAGCAAUAUCAAAAAUUAAACCAGAUGAAAUUCAGAAAGAGCUACAAGAGGAACACAACUUGCAACAGUCUUUGUCUUUCCUGUCCACUCAUGCUUCAAAUGUCAAAGGUCAACAUUAUCCAAGCAUUCAUCAUCUAUGUACUGCUUUUCCUAGUUUUACGUUGCCUCCAUAUUUACAAUUGGCUUCUAGAAUUUAUCAUACUUUUGACAGAAAAGGUCACAAUAUCUUGUUUACAGCAGAGGACAUGGGCAAUAAGCAAGAGGAACCAAUCUGCUCUAAAUAUAUUUAUUUGAAAGAGCAAGCUGAAAGGAAGAGACUUUGUUACGAAGGAGUUCCUGUUUCAGAACAGUUCCAGAAUAAUCAGACGGAUGGGAUUCACUCUCUUCCUCAUACAUCAAAAACUCCAGCUGACUGGCAAAAAAUAGCUGAAUAUAAUCUUAAAAAAACACAACUGCAACUGGUAGGAGAGAAAGUUUCCAUUUAUCCAGAAGCUUUAAAAAUGUUUUGGGCUCCUGUUCCACCAAAAUUCUUUGCUCCAAUUUCUUCUAUGAAGGAAAUUUUAUUUCCUAAAUAUGAGAGCAAUGUUAUUGAAGAUGUUGUAUUUGAAGACUUUUUAAUUGAUUAUGAAGAGUUAGAAGCUGAGCAAGAUGAUCAUGAUUUCUAUGAUUAUGUACAGACAAAAGCUCUGAGAAGAUGCCAGUCCUUGCCAAAUUUUUCUGACAGUGACAACUCAGAGAUAAGUUUAAUUAAGAGAUCAGUCUCAGCUGUGGAGGUGGCUGCUUUCAAAUGUGAAACUAAGUUAAAGAUGUCAUCUAAUUUCAAAACCAGCAUGAAAGAGUUGGAGGUUAUGAAGCAACGGAUAGCUGAGCCAAAGGUUGAGAGAGAGAUUGGGAAAAGCUCCCCUACCAAGCAUCUAUUGAAUCAAGCCUGUGAUGAUCCUCAGUCAAUGCAGACAGACACACCAGUGGAAAAAAUGCCUACUUCAACUGGACAAGAGGAUAGUGAGAAUAUUUUACUUGUGCAGAGAGCUGAAAAGGCUGGAAUUAAAUACACUAUUUUCCCAAGAAGAAAGAAAACAAAGAAAUCAAAGAAAACAAUAAAUCCUAGAAAACUAGAAGCUGUGAUUAAGAUAUUAAUUCAACCUCCAAGGAUUCUUAAAAGGUCCGUGUCUCUGGGAAGACUUCCUACUCAUGAUAAAUUCAUUAUCAAGUUGUCUCCAGCAAUCAAAGAAUAUCAGAGCCCCAGCAUUCCUUGUUUGUUAGAUUUUGAAAAGUUUGCGAAAGUGAGGGGUGGAAUUCCAAAAGAAACUUCUGCUCGCGCGUGGGUCAGUGCAAUCUGGAACAGCUGGUUUGAUGAAACUUUCCCUCCUAGUGAGAGUGCUUCUGAGGGUAUUGAGCUACUAAAAGGAACUAAUGCAGUGGACUCUCAAGAAGCAAAUCUACCAAUAGAAUUAGUUGACUCAAUACAGCCUGUUCUGCUUGAAGGUGAAACAGUUAAUAUUGAUGAUUUAGAAGAAGAAGUAAGAAGACUGACUGAGAUAAUAGAAAAGGAUGAGCAUCCUUCAGCUUUUCACUAUUGCAGGCGUGGAGCAAUACAAAAAAAGUUAGGGAAGUUAAAGUCAGCAAUGGAAGACUUGGAAAAAGCUAUAAGCUUAGAACCGCUACUACUUGAUGCUUACUGGCAUAGACAUUUGAUUUACCUCUUUCAAGAUAAAAUUUAUGCUGCUUUGGAUGACCUAAAUUUCAUAACUAAGUUGAACAAAAAUAAAGCAGAUACAUACCUGUCAAAGGCUGAAAUUUACAGAAAACAGGGUGAUAAUACAUUGGCAAUCAUCAAUUAUAGUUCUGCAAUACAAUGCUGCCCAACAGAUGAUGACAUUUAUUUCAGGAGAGCUGAAAUGUAUUUUGAAGAAAAUAAAUUAUUAUUGGCCAUGGAUGAUUAUGCCAAAUGUUUUCAGUAUAACCCAAAAAGAACAGAUGCAUUUAUGAAACAUGGAAUAUAUUUCUUUGACCGUUCAGUUUUGACUGCAGCUAUUCAGGAUUUUACAGCUGUGAUCAGGGAAGACCCUAGCAAUGCUCAGGCAAGGCUAUAUCGAGGAAGAACGUAUGCUAAACAGCGGCAAUAUAGAAACGCAAUACGAGACUUAGCAGCGGCAAUUCAUCUAGACCCAUCUUGUUGGCAAGCAUUCUACUAUAGAGGUUGCAUUCUACAACAGGUUGAUCCAAAAGGAGCUCUGCAGGACUUCAGUGUUUCUGUACUCAUCAAUGACACUCAGGAAAAUUUCUGUUCUUUUCUUCAUCGUGGGAUCAUUUACUCAAAGCAGUGUCAAUGGUCACUUGCAAUCUGUGACUUUGAAAGUGUUAUAGCUUUGAAUAGCUCUGUCAUCUUUGCUUACCUAAAUAUUGGUUUGAUACUGCUGUUGCAUCUGGAUCAAUACCAUGAAGCUAUUCGACAGUUUACUAAUGCAAUUAAAAUUGAUCCUCUCAAUGUUCGAGCCUAUUUAUGUAGAGCACAAGCAUAUCAUAAGAUUCAUAAUUUAUCAAAUGCUGUGAAAGAUAUGAAUCGAGCCAUUCAUCUUUAUCCAAAUAAGUCACAACUGAGGAUAUUAAGGGGACAGUAUUUAAUGGAGUUGAAGAAAUAUGAGCUGGCAAGUUUGUGUAUUCACCAACUUGCAGAAAUAGAUGAAGAAUCCUUUAAGUCUCAGCCCGUUCAGCAAGCUCUCAUUCAGUCAUUUUGUCAAAAUCACAAUAAAGCCAUAGAGAGCUUAUGCAGAGCUACAGCAACUCAGCCUGAGCCUUCAAUGUUUGUUCUUCUAGGAAAAAUACAAAUGAAAGCUGAGAAAACAAAGGAUGCUGUGGAAAGUUUUAAACAAGCUAUAGAGCUUCAGAUGACCUCAGCAAAAAUCCUACAUAAUGCAUUUGAGGCUGCUGAAAUGUAUUAUCUUAUGGGCCUGUGUUACAUGGAGCAAACAAAUUUAUUACAGGCCCAUGAUGCUUUUAAUACGGCUAUCAGACUACAUUCAAGUUACCCUGAUGCUUUUUAUCGGCGAGGGCUAUGUAGAAUGCAGCUCGGACGAGCUAAGUUCAUCCAAGAUUUCAAUCGAACACUUGCCCUUUGUCCAUCACACUUCCAGGCAUACAUGAGUCGUGCCGCUUACUAUGGAAGUAAAGGCAGAUACUCUAAGGCAAUUAUGAAUUGUAAUGAGGCAAUCAAAAUUCUUCCUAACAGUGCGAGAGCUUAUUUUUACCGAGGAACUUUGAAAUAUCAGAAUAAGACAUUUAAAGCUGCUAUUGAAGAUCUCUCCAAAACUAUUGACCUCAACAAAACCUGCAUUUUGGCAUACUAUAACAGAGCAAUCUGUUAUCAUCAAAUAAAGAACUUCAGAAAGGCUUUGAAAGACUAUGGAAUUCUUGUUCUGCAUGAAUUGAGUAAGGAAAUAAUUUUUAAAGUGUUAAUUAAUCGUGGACUACUCUACAUGGAAGUUGGUGAUUAUGCUAAUGCAUGUGAGGACUUUAAAGAAGCAGCAUUGCUUAGUCCAGACGAUAGCAAGAUCUUUCAAGCUAUUGGAAUCUGUUAUCAUAGACUUAAUGAAUUUGAAGAAGCUGUGAGAUCAUUUAACCAGGUUCUCAAACUAGAACCCAUUUCUGUGGAUACCUAUAUUGGACGAGGAAAUUCUUACAUGGAAAACGGACACGAGGCUGGUCUUAAACUAGCGCAGAAAGAUUUCCUGAAAGCAAUUCACUUGAAUCCAAUAUGUGUGAAAGCCAGAAUUUGCUUAGGAUACAACUUGCAGGCCCAUGGAAAGCUUCAGAGAGCUUGGAACCAGUUUACAGUUGCCAUUGUUAUCGAUCCAAAGUGCUAUGCUGCAUAUGAUGGACGAGCUUCAGUCUGUCUUCAGAUGGGUGAAAAUUUUGCUGCGUUUCAGGAUAUAAAUGCUGCAUUAAAGCUCACUACCACUGCUCCACUUCUAACAAAUCGGGGUGUCAUCAAUCAGUUAAUGGGGUAUCUAUCCUGUGCCAUGAAGGACUACCAACAGGCAAUUUCUGUUGACCCCAACUAUGCAUUAGCUUACUUCAGUGCAGCAAAUAUUUACUUCCAUAAUCAUCAAUUUUCACAGGCCUAUUGCUAUUAUUCCAAGGUAUUAAAGCUUGAGCCAAGAAAUGAAUCUGCUAUUAUGAAUCGUGCUAUUACAAAUACAAUAUUAAAAAAUUUCGAAGAAGCAAGAGAAGACUUUGAGAAGGCAGUUUGCCUCAGUCCAUUCUCUGCAGCAUUGUAUUUUAACAGGGCAAAUUUCUAUAAUGGAUUAAAGCAAUAUGAACAAGCUGAGAAAGACAUUUCAACAGCAUUGGCAAUUCAGCCUAACAACGCCUUGAUGUAUAGACUUAGAGCUGAUAUUCGUGCUAAAUUGGGUUUCAGUAAAGAAGCUGUAGAAGACUACAAACAAGCAAUCAGCAUACAAGAACAGAUUGCGUAUGAAAAUACCUCAGUUCUAUUUACAGAUUUCUCAGACUUCUAA